UAGCAUUGCUACUGGCCAAAACCUGGCUUGCGUCACCAAGUUCCUCGCCUAUUGCGUUCAACGCACUUGGACCUAAUCCAUCUUCGAGUACCACCAAUCACGUUUCCGUCUCCACCGUCCUGCAUCAACGGCAAACGGCGUCUUCCUCUACAGCAUCCUCAUCUUCGUCUCGCGCAUCCAGCUCGUCUUCCGUUGGCCCCAAAGCCCGGUACGCAGGUUCGCCCAUCAAGUAUCACCCUGUAUCAUCCCCGUCACGGCCCAUUGCGCGGCUACCUCAGUCGACGCCUUCCCGAGCAGCCGAGCGCAGGUGUCCACUUGCAACGCACGCCACCUCCCGCCCAUCCCUACCGGCCACCACAUCAUGCUAUAAUGCAGUGCCUUCGAAUGCGUGCACACCCAAAGCGCUACCCAUGAUUCGAACUGCUACAGCACCGGCGGCGCCUACGCCGAAGCCCACACCAUUAGACCCUCCACCGCCGUACGCGGCCGUCGACCCGUUGCAGAGACCCGCCAACGCUGCGACAUCGGCCCCUCGCCCGUCCUCGCCAGACGCGAUGCCCCCGCCCGCGAAGCGCUUCAAGAAGGCGAACAAGAUGGCCUGCCUCUUCAUGCCGAAAAACCGCGCGUACUCGCAGAUAGCGGCCGCGACGAAGUAGGUUGGCGUUCUGAUGCGCUGUGUCGUCGCCUGUCUCUACGCACCAGACACCGCCUCGACGUCGACAGCUGCCGCGCCACUUGCUCAGCUUCGCUUACUUCUGGCCGCCCUGUCGCGUUAUUGACACAUAGGUCUUGCGGCCAUAUCUCCUGCGUUGCAUCGACCUCGUAUGUAUUACUGUACACCCUCGUAGUUAUCACCGGUCAGGUUCUUCUCGUGUUUUAUCGCUUUGUUCGCAUUUUAUGGAUAUGUACCGCAUUGCCACCGCGAAGUUUGCGUUCGAACUUCAGG